AUUGGUUGUGAGAAUAUUGUCUCUUUCCUUGAGCUAAGUUGGUGCUUAGAGGUCGUUCUUUCCUCGGUUACUCCAUCACUAAAUACCCAUUUCCAUUACUUUCAAUCAUUCCACACUCUCAAAUUACAUCCAAAACCAAUGCCUCUAUGCAGUUCCUUGAGUUUGAUUCUCAUUUUCCAUCUCCUCAUCUCACUGUUAAUUCCUUCGAGUUCUUCUUCAAUCCCAGAAGAGUUAUCUCAAAUCCCUUCGUUUUUCCUUCAAUAUGCUAAACAUCCAGAGGUUUUUGAUUGGAUGGUUGAUAUCAGAAGGAAAAUACACGAAAACCCUGAACUGGGUUUCCAGGAAUUUGAGACUAGCAAGCUUAUCAGAGCGGAGCUUGACCGUUUAGGCAUUUCUUAUGAAUAUCCAGUGGCCGUCACCGGCGUCGUUGGUUUCAUCGGAACUGGAAAUCCUCCUUUCGUUGCUAUUCGUGCAGACAUGGAUGCUCUAGCCCUCCAGGAAGGUGUUGAAUGGGAACACAAAAGCAAAGUUCCUGGAAAGAUGCAUGCGUGCGGACAUGAUGCUCAUGUUGCUAUGCUUCUAGGUGCUGCAAAGAUUCUUCAACAGAACAGCCGUCUAAUACAGGGAACCGUAGUUCUUGUUUUUCAACCAGCUGAAGAAGGAGGUGGGGGAGCAAAGAAAAUAUUAGAGGCUGGAGUACUGGAUAAUGUUGAUGCCAUCUUUGGUUUACAUUUAAGUUCCAGGUAUCCUUUUGGUUUGGCGAUCUCAAAGCCUGGUCCUAUUCUGGCUGCAAGUGGUUUCUUUGAGUCAGUUAUUGGUGGUAAGGGAGGUCAUGCUGCUCUACCUCAACACACAAUUGACCCAAUUUUAGCAGCUUCCAACAUAAUUGUCAGUCUGCAACAUCUCGUCUCGCGCGAAGCCGAUCCAUUGGAUUCACAGGUCGUUACAAUAGCAAAGUUUCAAGGCGGUGGUGCAUUUAAUGUCAUACCAGAUUCUGUUACAAUUGGAGGCACUUUCAGGGCAUUUUCAAAAGAAAGUUUCAUUCAACUUAAACAAAGAAUUGUAGAGGUUAUCACAAAACAAGCCAAAGUUCAAAGGUGCAAUGCCACCGUUGAGUUCAAUGAAGAUCAAAAGCCUUUUUUUCCAGUGACACUGAAUGACCAAAAUCUUUACAAGCAUUUUCGAACAGUCGCCGUUGACAUGUUAGGUACUAAGAACAUUCUUGAUAUGCAACCGUUGAUGGGAGCAGAGGACUUUGGAUUCUACGGUGAAGUGAUUCCAGGAUUGUUCUACUUUCUUGGGAUGAAAAAUGAAACUAUAGGAAAAUUUGAACAAGGACAUUCACCCUAUUAUAUUGUAAAUGAAGAUGUUCUUCCUUAUGGUGCAGCGUUGCAGGCAUCAAUCGCCGCAAGGUACCUUAUAGAGUACUCACCUAAAUCUACUUCAACUAAAGGGCACUCUCAUGAUGAGCUUUAACCAUUUGUUGCUGUGGGAUAGGAAUGUCAUUAGUUGUUAGUAAUUAGAUAAUAGGGGGAGAGAAGGGAGAAUGUUUUGUUCUAGUUAGUGAUGAUUUAUCUCCUAAUUUCUUUAUCGUGUAUUUCACCGAUAAAUUAAAAAUCUACCCAUGUAUAGUGUCAUUCAAGUUGGGCUCUUUUUGAAGUCAAUCUAUCAUUGUAUAUUGACCCUUUUCUGCAGUCGUUCUUUGAUGUGAUUAUCAUCUCAA